AUGCUUGUUACGGAAUUCAAUUCAUUCACGGUUGAAGAUAAGCCGGGAGAGCAAUGGAUUCGAUUGAGAGGUAAACACGGUGAGAAGGAAGAGAUCAAAGUUGAAGUUACGAUGUUUGAUGGCUCUGUUCCUGCUGCGAGAUUGGGUAUUGAUGGCAACAGUGAUGAUGUUAAGCUGCACAUCAGCUUGAUUGUUGAUGUCUUAAAGGGGGAGAAUUGCGACAAUGUCUUGGAAUUCAUUUGCUCGACGUGGUCUGAUAGCUUGGAGAUUCAGAAGGUUUUCAUGCUUAAACGUGAUCAGAUGGUGGCAAAGCCUUACAUCGGACCCAAUUUUAAGUAA